CAGCUGCCAGUAAACACAAGACAGGAGCAGAGUGGAGCACCCGUCACAGAAUGCACUCGUUGAUCCCGUUGCUUGUGGCUGCGGUGGCGGCGUGCGCCAUAGCUCGCCCACACGAGGGAACGCCGCCACCGACGUCAUUGCUAGAGCCGCCGCCGCCGUCCUACCGGAGACUCCUACCAUGGCCGCCUCGGGAAUAUCUUGGUGACCUUAUUUACCGCCGAUUCAUGGUGCCACAUUACGUUGGUUACAAAGAGAGCCCUCGUAUACCAUCAUUGCCAGAACAUGAUUGGCUCAACAAGGAAAUAGACCGCAUCAAUCGAAUGCAAGAGGCUGGAAAUGCUCCAACUACAUACGAAGCAAAUAUGGCUCACUGGAUCGCCCACUAUCCUUACUUACAGCGCAUUUAUCAACGACCGCACAAUAUGCAAAGAAUACAUGAUUACGACCCUCGGCUUAUUCCCUCCAAUCCAGAAAGCUAUCAAUUACCACCACCUCAUACACUAAUGACUCCAAUUUCUGAUAAAAUCAAGAAACCUAAACAAGAAUUAAAAAGAGAUUACACAAAUUCUAAUACAAAAGAAGAGAAAAACACUUUUGCUCUCACACCUCUGGAUAAAGGAUAUUUUGAUCCAGAUGCUGAUGUGAAAACUCCCCCAUUGCCGAUGUUACCUCAUGCUAUGCACGAGGGGGGCAACCUCAGGACAACUUUAUUAUUACAACCACCUCGUCAGAUUCGACAAAAUCCAAAUCUAAGUAGAACUAAGACGCUUAUAGCCGAGAACUUAGAUCCCCUGCGAAUUGGCCUGGGUAAGGACUACAGAUUACCCGUCUCCUUACUGCCAUCCAACCUGCGCUGGUUGAAAAUAAAUCAUCCUGCUCUUGAUGUUGAUUAUAAGGAGAGCAGUUCACACGACGAUGGCUACUCAACGGAAAAGCCACGCCAUCUCCAUGUUAUGGAAUCAUCGAAUGAUUUAAGUCAUCUAACCCAAUUGAAUACAGCCGACUCUAUAUACGGGGUGGCUUUGAUCGCUGCGGUCGGUGCUGCGCUUACUAUGGCUAUAUUUGGAUUUGCGUUUGGAUGGUACACGUUAUCUAAAAAAGCAAAGGCAGCUGCUGAUGUUGAUUAUCCAGCGUAUGGCGUAACUGGACCCACUAUCGACACCUCUGGUGACAGAAAACUGGCUCAAUCGGCACACAUGUACCACUAUCAGCAUCAAAAACAACAAAUUAUUGCUAUGGAAAGGAACGGUUUGGAACAACGAAAUGGAUCUGUGUCUGACCCCGAGUCGGAAGAGGAAAAUGAAGAGGGAGACUACACUGUUUACGAAUGCCCUGGCUUCGCCACGACUGGUGACAUGGAGGUGAAGAAUCCCCUAUUCUCUGAGGAUCCGACUCCAGCAACCCCUGGAAAAUGCGAAGUAGUAAAACCCCAGCCUAAGGAUUAACUGCCCUCCAAAUCAUCACCGCCACCUGCUGUCUCGACCUGGCACACCAUCUUCGUCGCAAACAUAAAUUUCGUCCUAUUAUAUCAUAUAAUCUAAAUUACAAAAUUAUAAUCAUCACGAGCAAUGGUAUCAGUAAAGAUUCGUAAUUUCACAGAGGCAUAAUGUCGUUGACAUAAUAAAUUAUGGAUUUUUAUUAAAUAAUGAAUUAUUGCAUAUAUAACGAACUUAGAUUAAUGACUCGUCUCCCCUGCGCUAUCGCAACAGACCAAUCAAUCAUUAAACUAAGAUAAGAAUAACUUUAUAAUAAAUGCAAAUUCAUAGGAAGACGAAUUAAGAUAGUGCCUGACCGAUUUGGAUAUUGACAUGAGUGAAAAACAUCAUUCGUAGAGUAGCUCAGUUAUUAAAAAUUAGAUAGAAAAUACUAGGUAUGUAUUUCUUUAAAAAAAAUUAAAUAGGUACCUUACGAAUGUUGGAUGACACAGGUGUUGCGGUAAUUUCCAGGUAUAUUAACGUUACGGUAAUGUUUUGUUAUUUGGAACCGUUGAUUGACUCCGACUAUGUAUUAGCACUCAACAUAAUUUGGAAUGUUGUGCUUACCUGGUAACAUUUAAAAAUAUUGUAUUCAUAACUGCUCAAACAUAGAGGGGGUAUAUAUAUUUUAGGUCAUUUAAUAAACAUAAAAUAUUGACAUCUUUCACAAUGUUACAUAGAAUCCUUUAAAUACAGGCAAAUUUUAAAAUCAAAUCAAAAUUAAUAUAACAAUAAUAUACAACUGCCUAAUUCAUGAUUCAUGUCUAUAAUGCCUAAAAUAAGAUUUUAUUAAGCAUAUUUUAUAUCUUUACUAUGAAACUUCGUUCAAAUAAUUUUUAUUUAAAGUAAAUGUAGUUGAUUUACAAGAAAAUUCCGGGUAUUUAUUGUCAACUUUUGAAACUUAUUUUAACUUAUUAAUAAUAUUUAUAUUUUUAAUUUCGUGAUGAAAUAUAUUUAUCUGGAUAUUUAUUUGUCAGGUAUUCCCUUAUUUAUUCUCAUAUCAAAUACCUAUAUUAAAGAGUUAAUCUAAAUGUACCUAAAUGUGACUUUAUGUGACCAUUAAUUGUUUAGCUAUAUAUAAGAAAUUAGUAUUUAUUAUCUGUUUAGUGUAGAUGUACUUACCAAUUAACUCCAUGAACGUAUAGAACCAUAUUUAAGUAAACUCGAAUUAAUUCGCUUUUAGAAUUCAAUUCCACUAUUAUAUUCGAACACGCUGAACAUGAAAGCUUGAGAUUACGUUUCUAACUCAUUACUCAAUAUCUAGUCAUAUAAUAUGCAAUUAUUACAAUAUUUUAAAUGAUCUCUUUUGCUUUAUUGUAAGCGCAAUACCAUAUUAUGGAAUAUCAUUUACUUAAUCAAUAUGUAUGUAUCUAGUAAUCAAAUUAUAAUCAACAAAACGAUUUAAUGUUAUAGGUGUUGACGUUUAAUUGUAUUGAAAUCGUAAGUGUAUGUUGUAAUAAUUAUAAGUAUUAACCAUUUUACUCUCAAUUAAUUUCUUUUUUAACCGACUUAAAAAAGAAAGAAGUUCCCAAAUCGAUUGCAAUUUUAUCCUGUGUAUGUUUAGAUAAUUUCUGCCAAAAGAAUAAUUCAAUUCAAUUCCAAAUAAAGAUUAGUCCAAAGUGUAUUAUACAAAUUGUGUUCAUAUUUUAUACGUUUUUAUCCAUCAAUCGGCUGCCAAAGUGUUUUUUUAAAUCCUCGAAAGCUUUAGACCAUUCCUACUUUGGAAGACAAAUGGUUAUUCCUCCAAUGUAGAGAUGGACAAUACAGGAGUAGUUGAAAAGCUAGUGGCGAAUGAUGUCAAAGUCUUUUAAUUAGGGUUUAGAUUUAUACAGGUACGUGAACGAUUUCAUUUCACACAUCUAAUUUCAUAUCCGCGCAUGUCGAUUACUUAAAUUUUCUCUCUCUCACAACAUUUUUAAGACUCGGGUUUGUACGAUGGCUGCUGCCUAAUAACACCAGGUAAUUUUGCAAAUAUUUAUAUAAAUAUUCGUAUAAAUUUGUGUUUUUAGGAUUAUAUACCUAACAUUAUUUAGUUGCAAAUUUAUUUAAUUAAGUACGAGUGUUGUAGUAGAAUUCUUAUAUUUAAGAAUAUAAAAAUUCUUAUAUUUAAAUAUAUGCGACUAUCAAAGAAAAAGUUUUAAUUGUUAAUUAACAUUAAAUAUCUAUUAUAAAUGUUUAUUUUUAAUAAGAACAAAUUAUUACUGUUGGCUUAUUUACAAUUGAAUUAUACACCAAAUAUCUACAUGUAUACAUAUCUUCUACACCAUUUACCUAUGUCAAAUUUUAUAGAUGUUUCUUGAAUACUCCAAAUGUCUAAUAUGUUAUCAUUAUGUUAAAAUAAAUAUAUAAAAUAAUUAUGCAUAUAAAUGUAUAAUAACACAGCUAUAUAAAAUUAUAUAAUGAACUUAUUAACGUUUUCUUCUUUUUUGAAAAGGUACUGCCUAUCAAGAAAACCAAACAGGGUUAUGCCAAAUCAACGCUAUUAAUAGUUAAAGUAUAAUGUCUAAAUAUGUAUAUAACGACUGAUUUGAUUUUUUCCUAUAUGGAUAUUAGGUAUGUUAUAUAUAUAGCCAGCUUAGCUAAUGGAGAAUUAACACCUUUAUACUUAUAUGUUGUAAAAAACAAUCCAUUACCUUAAUAAUAAUUUCUAAUACUGGCAUACUGCAAAUUGUAAUUAUUUAUGAUAAAUCAUCAAAAACUAGGUACUAAUUGUUAUAAUAACUUAGAAACGAAAAGUAUACCACACUUACUCAAACCAUAAGAAUUCUUUAGUUUGUUUCCAUUUUUUACAAAAACACCUUCAUUUUGUAAAUUGACAAUAGUCAUGAAAACUGUAAUUUAUCUUUUAUAAGACAUUUUUCUUUAUGCUAUAAUUAAACUUAUAGUACCAAAAAUAUUAAAUGUAUAAUAAAAUUGAGUCAAAGCAUUAAAUUCGGGUAAAAAUUAAUUUCCGUUUCGCUACAUUCCCACCUAUCCUUGCAAUGUGUCCAUGAAAAAUUUUGAAGUAUGAAAUAGGCACCUACUUACAUCGGUUUUUAAAAACCGACAUUCAUGUUUAUAUAUAAUAUUUCUAAUCCUAUGUUGUCUGUUCUAAACCUGUUAUCUGUGUACCAGAUGCUUAUAGCACUUAUGAACCAAUUUAUUAACCUAUAGGUAGUUUUGAACUGUUUCUUACCUUUUUCUACCUAAAGGCGUUGGUAGAUAUAGAUAUGUACUUUUAAUAAGGUAUUAAACAACUAUUUUUAAACGACUUCAUAAAGAAGGAGAUUCUGAAUUCCACUGUUAUAAUUUUAUGUAUAUUAAGUCAUUUUCACCAAUACUAGCAUAGCACGGAGCCAUGAUUUUUUGGUCUACGUAUAUUUAUCAUUAUUAACCUUUAGGUAGGUACUUAUAAAAAGGUCAAGUUUACUCAGCAAAAUGUUUCUAUGUAACAUUAAUAUACAUUGCCAUAGAAUUUACGCACAUUUAAUGCAACUGCGUCGAAUAACGCUUUCAUGUACCCUAAUAACACUUUAUUCUCGACAAAAGUUACUGACGUAAACAACACUAGGAAACAAUACACCCUGUAUCAAUUGAUCAAUUGUUUAUAUUUUAUAAAAUUUCUUACUUGAAACAAAAUGUAAGCUUGAUUCUCUCCUCUUAAUUACUACGAAGCUCUAAUAACAAUUGUUUUGAUGUUAAGAAAGGUCACUGCUAUAAAAAAAACCAGCCCCAAUGUAAACAAUCGGCCCAAUAUCAAUUGUUUAAGUUGUUUUAUAGGGUUUCUUACCCUUGAACAAAAUUUUAACUUGAUCCUACAAGCUUAACCUUUACAAUUUAAUCCUCCGUUAAUUCCAUUUUAUUUUUGUUGCCAAUGAAGUCACUUUUUCUUGCGGAGCAAAAUUAUAUUGCCUAAAAUUUGACUAUUCAGACCCACUGAAUUUAUAUUUUCAUUAAUGUACCUACUUAAGUACUUACUACCUUUUUCUUACUUACUUCAAUUAAGUAGUUACCUAUCUAUCUAUAUAGCCCAUCUAAUAUAUAUUAUUAACGCUAACCUAGCAGCUUGUAAUGGGAUGUCAAUGAAUUGUCAUGGUAUGAUACGUCCGUAUUCUAAUUCUAAACAAUCGAAUAUAAUUUUUGAUCAUGCUACAUACCAUACACAUAUGUCUUAAGUUGUAUAAUAACCAACUGCCGAAAAAUUUUGAAAAUAAGAAAUUUUCAAUAACAUAAACUAAAACUGUUUACUGAAUACAUUGAUGUAAAAUUCCU